CUUCUUUAGUUUAUAAUGAUUUGUAUUAUCCAGAACCACAAACACUAGUUGUUGGCUUUGGCCGGAAGAAUGGAUGGUCGGCUUCUCCUCCGCCACCUGAAUCCACCGCUUUCACCGGCUCGAUCCGCCGUCGCCCUUUUGCUCACAUCCAAAUCCCUCACACUCUACCGCUUCCGCCUCACCUAGCCACCCCCCAGACGCCAUAGAAAUCGCUCCUUUGCUCGCCGUCGUCGUCGCCGUCGGAGCGUACGGUUCGCGGAGGCUAGAGUUAGGGUGCGAGGAAUGGGGGCCGCAGGUUCGAGCGCCGCUGGAUCGGAAGGGGGAAGCGGUCGGACCGGCCUCGGGGAUUUGCCUGAGGGCUGCGUCGCGGAGAUCAUGCUACGGCUGGACCCGACCCAGAUCUGCCGGCUCGCGCGCCUCUCCCGGGUGUUCCGACGGGCGGCCUCGGCGGAUCUCGUGUGGGAGACAAAGCUUCCGAGGAAUUAUAGGUAUUUGCUGCGUAGAGCGUUGGGCGAAGAGAGUUCCGGUGGGCGCGAGUUUGGCAAGAAGGAGAUCUUCGCGCUGCUUUGUCGUCGGAAUGCCUUCGACGGGGAACACACGGAGUUUUACUUGGACAAAAAUGGAGGUUUGAUCUGUAUCGAGAUUUCGUCCAAGGCAUUGACAAUAACUGGAAUUGGUGAUAGGAGAUAUUGGGCCUUCAUUCCAACAGCAGAAUCAAAGUUUCGCACAGUUGCUUACCUUCAUCAGACUUGGUGGCUUGAGGUUCGCGGGGAACAAGAAUUCUGCUUCCCUGAGGGUACAUAUAGUCUCUACUUCCGCCUCCGCUUAGGCAAGGCCAACUUGCGACUCGGUCGUCGGGUCUAUAGCCCGGAGCACAUCCGUGGGUGGGACUUGAAGCCUGUUAGGUUUCAACUAUCAACCUCAAAUGGCCAAUUUGCUCAAACUAAGUGUUACUUAGAUGACCCUGGAAUUUGGAUCGAUUACCAUGUAGGGGACUUUGUUGUGGGGAACUCCGAUGCACCCAUUACAGUCGAGUUCUCGAUGAUUCAAAUCGAUUGUACGCACAUGAAAAGAGGUCUUUGUGUUGAUUUAGUUUCUAUCCGGCCAAAGGACUUCAAUUCUGUUCCCUGCCCUCUUUAACUCGGCAUGGAACGGCGAGUUUCCUGCUUAAAGCGUAGCUAUGGACAUCUUUACAUAAUCAUGUAUUAUGAAUGAUGGGUGAGGUUUUGUUACA